GCCUCUCGUUACAGGCGGAAACGGUUGGGCAUGAAGAACGUCUUGCUGCUGGGCAUGGACGGCGCGGGGAAGACUGUGCUGCUGCGCCGCAUGCGCCACAUGUGCGCGGACGAGAAGCCCAAGGGCUCGGCCCUUGCACGACUUCUAAUGCGGCGCGACGAGAAGGCGGCGGCGACGCCACAAUCGAAUUUCCACGUCACGAUGCCAACGACAGGCAUUGAGGAAGAGACCUUGUCGCACAGCGGCGCGAUGUUUACGGUCAAGGAGGUCGGCGCGCCGAUGCUCUCCAUGUGGCAAGCGUACUACACCCAGUGCGACCAGUACCUCUUUGUCAUUGACGUCUCGAACGCGCCACAGCUCGCGAGCGCAACGAUGGAGCUUUUCAACAUCCUCCGCAACGAGACGAUGGCCCACAAGCCCGGCUGCAUCAUCCUCAACAAGAUCGACUCGCCGCUCUCACUGCCCACGUCGCUCCUCCGGUCUCUUCUGAGCUUGGACCAGCUCUCGAGCUUGGCCAACAUUGAGAUUGUGCGCCUCAGUGCGGUCACGGGCGAAAAUGUCGGCACGGUCCUUCAGUGGAUUUCCGGACGAACCCAAGGCAACUUGCGUCUCAGCGUCUUCGACGCCAACAACAGCCGCGUCCACCCCGCCGCUGUCUAAGCUUUGCAUUAAGCCAAGGAUAGGAGUGGAUAGUUGUAGGAAAGCACCCCGCCGCCGUUGAAGGUAGUAUACUAGUAGUAUAUGACAUGAAUGGAUAGACCGAGGCUAGCACAG